AUGCCAUGUAAACGAAGCAAAUCACGUUUUUUACCAAAGAUACAACGUGAGACUGCGAAGAUGUCUACAAAAGCUCCCAUCUACCUGAAAAGAGGAAGCCGUAAAGGAAAACUAAGAGAUGUGCUAUCUCCAGAUAUGAUCAGUCCCCCACUUGGAGACUUUAGACACACUAUUCAUAUUGGCAGUGGGGAAGGAGAUGUUUUUGGGGAUGUUUCCUUCCUGCAAGGUAAAUUUCAUCUCCUUCCUCGAUCACAUCCUGGAUCCUCCACAUCAUCUUCACCUGAUGCAACCCCACCUCUCUCCCAUUCAGAGGUACCAUCGCCUAUCCUAAAGAACGCCAUCUCACUUCCUGCUAUAGGUGAGCCACAAGCACUUUCCCUUCUGCAGGCUGCCCCACCAAAGCCACCAAGACUUCAUCUUGAAGAGAAAACUAGGAGCCCAGUCACAGAGAUGGCUCCUUGUGGAGGAAUUACAGCAGAGGAAAGGGAAGAAAGGUUUCUUGCUCAUGCUGGCUCUCUUCUUUCCCUACACGUGGAUUUGGGGCCUUCCAUCUUGGAUGAUGUGCUGCAAAUAAUGAAAAAAGAGUAG